CCAGAGGCUGCCCCGAGGAGGGCACCAACCAAGCCUCUGUCUCCCUCAGUCUCCCAGGAGCCGACGAAUGGCCCACUCCAAGUCAGCUCUGCGGCCCGCUGAGAAGCCCAAGGACCCUCAAGCCGCCGUGGAAGGAAGCACUGAGUCACCUUAUUCAAAGCAAAAACCGGACAAGGAUGUGGAGCCCACCGUCACGUUCCUGUCUACGCUCCUGAACACGCCUGAGCCCGCUGAGCCCACACUCCCCGACCCGGACUUGGAGAUCCAAGAGAAGCGGUUCCUGGAUCAGGAGGACUGGGGCUCCCAGCAGAUCUUGCGGGAGAUUAGGUGUUUGCAGGAUGACUGCGCGAGGCUCCAAGAAGCCCUGAAAACCAACCAAGUGGACAACCUGGACCUGAAGGAGAAGCUGCAAAACCUGCCUGCCUCCUUGUACGAGAGCCUGAAGGCGGGAGCCAAGGCCAUCCGGGCGGAAGUGAGCACCAUCCGGGCGGAAGUGAGGGCUGCUCAGGAGGAAGCCCUGGCCAUGCAGGAGGCCAUGCUGUCCCAGACGCACACACAGCAGCAGCAGGUGGGGAGGGAGGGCCGCCUGCCGGGCGCGGCGCGCUCAAGCUCCCUGCGCCUUUACCUGCAACCUCCCAGCUCCCGGAGGGCUGCGCGGCUCUUCCUGCUGCCCGAAGUUCCCCUGGACCACAGAAGCCAAGGUCAGCCCUGGCCAGGCCCCAGGCCGGAGACUGGACACCUCCUUGGGAAGGCUCUUGGUCAGUUAAAUCCUCCCUAGGCCCCAGCAAUAAACUUCAC